UAUUGGACACGUGAACUAAAUAUCAUUGAGUUUAUAGAUAAAUAUGAAUAGAAAGAAAGUAUAAAGUCCAAUUGUCCAUGUAAGGAAACAACAAUAUCAAAAUUAUUUUAUACCAAAUUUACCUUAACAUCUUGUAAUAAUACUAAAUUUCCUCUUAUAGUAAUAUAAAUUAGAAAUUUUUGGGUGCAUGAAUCUUGUGAAUCACUACAUUCACCAAAAGGGCCAACUUAAUUCAAAACGUCAAAGAUGAUGCUUCCAAGUAAGGACAAUGAACACGAAAUUAAGGAAAAAAAUUUAAGUGUGAAAUUAGAAAAGAUGCAUGCAUGUGAUUCUAAGUUUGAACAAAAAAAAAAAAAACUUACUUUUCCCACCAUCCAAACACACCUCGUAUUCGACAUCUGUCUUUCCUCUUGUCUCCUAGUUCUUCCUCCCAAACAGCACGUGCACGUGCUAUCUUCUUUCUCUGCCUCUGUUUCAAUCGCUGCAAUAAAAAAAAAAAGAAAAGUUUCUUCUCUCUCUCUUAUUUUCUCGCCUCUUCUCUCUCCCCCCGCACAGGAGAGAAAAGAGAAAAAAAAUCCAAAGCUUUCAUCUUCUCCCAUGACGUAGCCAGAAAAAAACUAAAAAUAAAAUUUUAAAAAAACCCAAAGGAACAAAUUUCUUUUUUUAUUUUUCAAAUGCUCGCGAAAAAUAGGAUUCCUAGUAGCGGCCACAGCACCCCAUCACCGCCGGCAUCACCACUACGGUCACCGAGGUACCGCCACGGAAGGAAGUCGGGUCGGUUCAGCCCGUUCCAACCGGGGCGGACCAUAGCCCAUCGUCUCGCUUGGUUACUUCUAUCGGUUCUUCUUCGUAGACAAGGGAUUUUCCUCUUUGCUCCUCUCAUUUACAUCUCUGGGAUGCUUCUUUACAUGGGCACCGUUUCGUUUGAUGUGGUUCCCGUUGUUAAACACCGACCCGCAGCCGGCUCCGUUUACCGGAGUCCCCAGGUUUAUGAGAAACUUAAAAUUGAUAUGAAUGGCGAUAAUUCCUCUGCUGAUGCGAUUUGGACUAUUUGGAAAAAUUCCUAUAAAAAAGGGGAGUGGAGGCCUUGUGUAAACAAGUCUUUUGAAGGCUUACCUGAAUCAAAUGGUUACAUAUAUGUUGAGGCAAAUGGAGGCUUAAAUCAGCAGAGGACAUCGAUAUGCAAUGCAGUUGCUGUGGCAGGCUAUCUUAAUGCAACACUUCUAAUCCCUAAUUUCCAUUACCAUAGCAUAUGGCGAGAUCCCAGCAAAUUCAAAGACAUCUAUGAUGAAGAUUAUUUCAUCAGUGCCUUGAAGAAUGAUGUACGAGUUGUUAAUAAGAUUCCUGAGUACAUAAUGGAACGAUUUGACCACAAUUUAACCAAUGUUUACAACUUCAGAAUUAAAGCAUGGUCAUCCAUCCAGUAUUAUAAGGAUGUAGUCCUACCCAAGCUCCUUGAAGAAAAGAUUAUAAGGAUUUCUCCUUUUGCAAACCGCUUAUCAUUUGAGGCUCCCCCAACUGUCCAAAGACUCAGAUGCUUGGCAAAUUAUGAAGCUUUACGGUUUUCAAGUCCAAUACUGAGUCUUGGAGAAACUUUGGUUGCAAGAAUGAAAGAGCGCAGUGCAAACAGUGGUGGCAAGUAUGUUUCUGUACAUCUUCGCUUUGAGGAGGAUAUGGUUGCUUUCUCUUGUUGUGUAUUUGAUGGUGGGGAGCAAGAAAAAGAAGACAUGAAAAAAGCGAGGGAAAGAGGAUGGAAAGGAAAAUUUACAAAACCUGGUCGAGUUAUACGCCCUGGAGCAAUCAGGAUUAACGGGAAAUGCCCACUUACUCCUUUAGAGGUUGGAUUGAUGCUUAGAGGUAUGGGAUUUGAUAACAAUACGUAUAUUUUUUUGGCAUCUGGAAAAAUAUACAAUGCUGAGAAAACAAUGGCUCCAUUAUUGGAAAUGUUUCCCAACUUGCAAACGAAAGAGAUGCUGGCUUCUGAGGAAGAACUGGCUCCAUAUAAGAACUUUUCUUCCAGGAUGGCUGCCAUAGACUAUACAGUUUGCCUUCAUAGUGAGGUAUUUGUGACAACUCAAGGUGGAAAUUUCCCUCAUUUUCUGAUGGGCCACAGGAGAUACUUGUAUGGAGGGCACUCCAAGACAAUUCGACCAGACAAGCGAAAGUUGGCAUUGCUAUUUGAUAAUCCUAAUAUUGGGUGGAAAAGUUUUAAGCGUCAAAUGCUGAAUAUGCGGUCACACAGUGACUCGAAGGGAAUUGAACUGAAAAAGCCAAAUGAUUCAAUAUAUACCUUCCCAUGCCCUGAUUGCAUGUGUCGUACAAACAAAUCAGAAGACUCAAGAUCAUCGUCGGCUACGUGAUCUGCUUGGAGAGGGAUUUUGAUAGGUGUUCCUUGUACCUGUAUUUUAGCAAGCACAUCUUGCAGCUAAUCCCCUUUUUCGUGUUUAAUUUUUUUAUUUUUUUAAUCCUCUUCAUGCGGCAAGAGGGCAUAAAAUUCAAUUUUGGGAGCAUUGAGGCUUUAUUUCACCAGGAUUGAGUUGAUGGGGGAGUUGCAUUUUUUUGUAUAUGAUUCCAGACACAACAAUAUCGACAAUUUUGCUAUUGGAGGGAUUACCCCAGCAUUAACUGGAGAUUGUUUCACAAUUGCUGUAGCAGCUGCUGAAUCUAACAAGCUGUGGAUAUAACACAUCGUAUUCUUUCACACCCUGAUUUUGUGAUUUUUUGUAAAUUAGUUACAGCUUGAAUUGUAAGACUCUAAAGACAGGAAGAAAUUUGGUGUACUUUUGUCAGAAAUCAGGGUAUUGAGUUUCGUGUACAAUUUUUGUUCACCGUCUUAACUUUUUCCGAUUUCAAGAAUUUCU